AUGGCAACAAAUGAAAGUAUCAGCAUCUUUAGUUCAGCAUCCUUGGCUGUGGAAUAUGUAGAUUCACUUUUGCCUGAGAAUCCUCUGCAGGAACCAUUUAAAAAUGCUUGGAACUAUAUGUUGAAUAAUUAUACAAAGUUCCAGAUUGCAACAUGGGGAUCUCUCAUAGUUCAUGAGGUCCUUUAUUUCUUGUUCUGUUUACCUGGAUUUUUGUUUCAAUUCAUACCUUACAUGAAGAAGUACAAAAUUCAAAAGGAUAAACCAGAAACAUGGGAAAACCAAUGGAAAUGUUUUAAAGUGCUUCUCUUUAAUCACUUUUGUAUCCAGCUUCCAUUGAUUUGUGGAACUUAUUAUUUUACAGAGUAUUUCAGUAUUCCCUAUGAUUGGGAAACAAUGCCAAGAUGGUACAUGCUUUUGGCAAGAUGUUUCGGCUGUGCAGUGAUCGAGGAUACUUGGCACUAUUUCUUGCAUAGGCUUUUACACCACAAAAGAAUAUAUAAAUAUAUUCAUAAAAUUCAUCAUGAGUUUCAGGCUCCAUUUGGAAUGGAAGCUGAAUAUGCACAUCCUCUGGAAACCAUAAUUCUUGGAACUGGAUUUUUCAUUGGAAUCAUGCUUUUAUGUGAUCAUGUUAUUCUUCUUUGGGCCUGGGUGACUGUUCGUUUGAUAGAGACUAUUGAUGUCCAUAGUGGUUAUGACAUUCCUCUCAACCCUUUAAAUCUCAUUCCUUUCUAUGCUGGUUCUCGGCAUCACGAUUUCCACCACAUGAACUUCAUUGGAAACUAUGCUUCUACAUUUACAUGGUGGGACAGAAUUUUUGGAACAGACUCUCAAUUUAAUGCCUACAAUGAAAAGAUGAAGAAAGUUGAGAAAAAGAGUGAAUAA